GGUGAUCAAAGAGAAAGACUCGCAGAAGCUGAAGAUGUGCAAGACCGUGCCCAAGGCGCGGGUCCGAAGCGCCAGCAACGUGAUGGAGAAGUUGAGCGCGCUGCAGGAGCUGCAGCAUCCUCACAUCUCCAGCAUCACAGACCUCAUGGAGGACGAAAAGAACUACUACAUCAUCAGUGACCACUACAUGGGCGGUGACGUGCAGGAUUGGCUGGAGAGGAUGGAUGAGGGGAACUGGUUGCAGGAAGCCACCUGUGCGGCAUACGUGCGGCAGGCACUUUUGGCCUUGAGCCACAGUCACUCCGCGCAGGUCUUCCAUCGGGAUCUCAAGCCCAGCAACUUGUUGCUGACGACAAAGCUCCCAGAUGCCGUCAUCAAGGUGGUCGACUUUGGGAUUGCCAACAUCCUAGAUCCGGAUCAUUCGAUAAUUCAAUCCAACCCCAGCGAGUACACCGUGCCCGAGGCGAAGGGUGACCAGACCAAAGGCGGAGCUGCGGACAUGUGGAGUGUGGGCGCCAUCGCUCAUGCGCUGCUGGUGGGCCACUGUGCCAGCGUUUCCUCCAGGAGAGGCUGGGGCUUCUCCAGGCAAGAGGAUGAAGGCUGGAGCGAGCGCAGCCCCAUGGCAAGGGACUUCGUGCUGCGGCUUCUGAGGCCAGCCUGUGAGCGGCCCACGGCCGCCAAAGCGCUCCACCACCCAUGGAUCAAGGGGAUCACGCCCAUCAACACCAUCAGCGCAAACCAGAGCAACACCAAAGAAGCGAGGGAGCUCCGAUACAAGAUGCUCUGCUACUCGCUCAGCGUCAUCCUCCUGCCGGCCAUAGUGCCUCACCGCGACUUCGACCAGCUCCGUGUGGCCUUUCAGCAGAGCGACAUCGACCGAGACGGCUACAUUCCGAGAGCCAUCGGAUUGAGGCUCCUCCUGAGCCGGUGCAGCCUGAAUGAGGCAGUGGUGCCGGCGCUGAACAUCGUCGACCUGGGCCGCACAGAUACGUGCGACCUCGCGGGCAUCGCCACCGCGGACUUGAUCGCGAGGGAGUUCUUUGCUGCAGGCCCCACAUCAGCACCGCUCGUGGGCCCCUUCGGGGCCACGGACUUGGCGCCCCGGUUGCUGAAGCGCUUCUUCGAGGUCUUUGCGGAGAAGCGGAACGGCGUGGCCGUUGCGGCUGUGAACGUUUCAGCCAUCAGGGGCAAGCUGAGAACGGCGACGGCGAAGGACGUGGAGAUCUAUGGCAACGUCCACUACGAUGAGCUGCUGUCGUGUCUUCCAGAGGACACAGCCAUUGACAGUCAGCUCCUCACUACGCAGCUCUCUGCGAGUGCUGGGCGUGGCACGCCCUUGGGCACGGACCAGGACCUGUCCCCGCUGCGGGCGGAGUCCCCCUGGGAGUUGUCAGCACUCAUGGACCUCUUCGGCAUUUUCUACACAUGUAGUUCGUCCAAACGCGAUGAAUCACCUGGCUCGAUCCGCAUGUAUUGAGGCAGUUGGAGCGACCCAAAUAAGCCGUCGCUUCCAAAUUCGGUGCACGUGGGGCGGAAGGACGUUGAUCCGUCGAUGCAAGAGUUG